AUGGAUUUCCAAAAAUGGGCGCUUGACGUGUACCUGCUCGACAAGUACGGCAUCGAGAUGCGGACCAACCCCACGCUGUCGAGAGCUUCGGACGCAUCCUUUCAACUCAACACCAAGCACCAAAUCACGCAACUACGGGCCGAGUUUAACUUACACAAGGAGGAGGGAGGGAAAAAAGAAAUCAAGAUCAAGCACCUCGAGCAGAAGGUCGAGUCAUUGGAGCGGGAGAAGGGCGCGAUGCAAGCGGAGAUGGAGGCGAAGGCAGAAGCUCUCGCGCAACUGCAGAAAGCCUUCGACGCACUGAAGAUUACCGCGGCGACAACCGCAGCUGCGAAUGUGGGGGGGAGCGAGAGCGUGCCGCAUACGGCGACCGAAGAAACCACCCCGCCACCACAGCAAGCCCCACAAUCAGCACCCACUCAACAGAGCGUGGGCAGCCAGCUCGACCAAGCAUUCUUCGACGCAGUGGUGUGGCCGUGGUGCAAUUGCGAGACCGUGCGGCAGGCGUGGUCGUACUGGGACGGGACAAGCCCGCUGAACAACGGACACAGCCUUCGACACGCUUACAGGAGAGGUUUCGCCGUCAAGUUCAGCAAGUUCACUCCGACUCCUCCCCCCGUUCCCCCCGUUGCGGUGGACCAGCCAAAAGAAAAGCCACCGACCCCAAAAGUUGUCGAGUCGAAAUUGCGGAAGAUGGAGGUUGUCAUGAGGUCCGUCGAGAUGUUCAGGGUCGACGACAGCAGCGCGGCUACGUCGACGAUCGUUGAUAAGCUCGACUCAAUAGUCACGAAGCACUCGAUCAACAUGCUGGCGGAAGGGCUCGUUCUCAAGGAGGAUUCGCGGAAGCAGCUCACGAAGAAGCGCAAAGUCGAGACAGCUGAAGACAACCGGAAGGACAAAGAUCGCCUCAGGAUCACGCGGGAGCUCAUUCGCGUCGAACUUCGAACCACGGAAUGGGCCGAGAACGUGUUCAAAGACAAAUGGAAAGAGUUCAUGAAAACAGUGGGCGAGAAUCCAAGUUCGACAGGCAACCGUGACGAGGGGGGAAACUAG